AUGGAGGAAAAAAUGCUGAGGUUUUACAAGCGUAAAGCUGAUCGGCUGCAGCGUCUUGGCCAGUCAUUCUCGGGGAAUAAAAUCGACAAUCUAAGUGCGGCUGAUAUAGAUGUGCGCCUCGAUAUGUUGGCUGAAAUGCGUGAGGAGUUCAACAAGUCCCAUAGUGAGUUGGAAUCACUGGAUGAAGACGAGAUUGGAAGUGAGCUGCGUGAAACGUUCAAUACGCUCUUCAUUUCUUUGAAAGCCGAGCUGCUGGCGGCUCUCGAACUGGGACAUUUGCGCGUAGCUGCUCAUUCCACUAGCAUGCCAAAUAGCUCUGUAGGUCAUACCAUCAUCAUGGCUCACAAGCAGCGGCUUCCUGUGCUGAAGCUACCUAGCUUUUCCGGUGGCUAUGUGGAAUAUGCGGAUUUUAUUGCCAUGUUCAAUUCGGUCAUCGAAGGGGAUGCAGAUCUCAGUGAAAUCGAGAAGUUCCAACAUCUUCGCUCAUGUCUCUCGGAUGCGGCCCUGGAUUCGGUUCGAUCGUUGGAGCUCUCCAGUGCCAAUUAUCGUGUGGCUCUGGACAUACUUAGCAGACGUUUUAAUAAUAAACGACUUGUUUUGCAGUCACACAUCAAGGAGAUUCUUGGGCUCAAGAAGGUAGAUUCGCCUUCUGCUAAAAGGCUUCGGGAGUUUUCGGACGCAGUCAGCUUGCAUACGCGCGGCCUGCAGACAUUAGGAAGUGCUGAGGAGAUAUCUGGAUGCAUGAUAAUCCACAUGCUGCUGCAAAAGCUAGAUGAGAAGACCCAAACCAAAUAG